GGUGUCUUCAUAUAAAUGACGGUGGUGCUUGCGGCACGGGAUCACAGAUUCGAUCUCGUUCAAAUCGACAAAGCCGUAAACAAACUGCCAACAAUCGUCGUCGUCGUCAUCAUGCAGUAUCUAAUUUUGGCCUUUGCAAUCUUUGGCUGCGUUUUUGGACAAUUUGGAUCGUACCGCGGCUUUCCCAGUCAAAAUGCAUAUAGAGCAACGCCGAGGCCCUAUCAACCGCAGCCACAACCGCAACCACAAUACAAUACGCAAUACACGUCUCCUGCAAAGCCGUUCAUAGGUAUUCGAAGUCAGCAUAAGGACACAUCGCCCGAUGGAUCUUACACUUUCAGUUAUGAAACCGAGAAUGGAAUUUCAGUCUCCGAAAGCGGAUAUCCUCAAGUCGGGCCACAGGGUCAAACGGAGGUGGUCCAAGGCAGUUUUUCGUACCACGCACCCGACGGAACCCCUAUUACCAUCCAAUAUACAGCUGAUGAAAACGGUUUUCAUGCUGAGGGUGCCCACAUUCCUACGCCGCCCCCCAUCCCAGAAGCCAUUAGAAGAGCGCUCGCGGCAAAUCCACCUAGGCCCGAUGAUGAGAAGUACGACCGGCAACCCUUCCAGCAGAGAUUCAGUGGAUCAACAUACAAUGCCAAUUCAUUUCGGAAAUUUUAAUUUAAUCAUAUGAUCUGCAAAAUCCUCCAUGAUACACCCACGACACAAUCCAGCCUGUCCAGCGAAUCCUCUAGAGGGAGGGUCAGCUAAAUAUCGAUAUGUGUUGAGUCAUUUUUUCUCCUCCCCAGCCUCUAAUGCGAAGUGAACGUGUACAUAGGAUACAGUAUGGUGGAUAACAAAACAGUAUCGAUUCUUAUUAAAAAAUAUAACUGCCGUUAUGC